AAGAUCAUCACAGAAGAUCAUCACAGAAGAUCAUCGUGGGACCUUGUUGCAGAAGAGGAUCACAUCACGGGAUUCUGUCGCAGAAGAGGAUCAUCACCGAAUUUCGUUAUACAGGAUCAUUGUAGAAUUCCAUUGCAGAAGAGAAUCAUCGUGAAAAAUCAUCACAGAACUUUAUCACAAAAAGGAUCAUCGCGGAAUUUCAUCACAGAAGAUCAUCGUGGGAUUUUGAAGCAGAAGACGAUCACAUCACGGGAUUCUGUCGCGGAAGAGGAUCAUCACGGGAUUUCGUCAUACAGGAUCAUUGUAUAAUUCCAUUGCAGAAGAGAAUCAUCGUGAAAAAUCAUCACAGAACUUUAUCACAAAAAGGAUCAUCGCGGAAUUUCAUCACAGAAGAUCAUCGUGGGAUUUUGAAGCAGAAGACGAUCACAUCACGGGAUUCUGUCGCGGAAGAGGAUCAUCACGGGAUUUCGUCAUACAGGAUCAUUGUAUAAUUCCAUUGCAGAAGAGAAUCAUCGUGAAAAGUCAUCAUAAAAGAAUCAUCGCGGGAUUUCAUCGCAGAUCAUCGUGGGAUCUUGAAGCAGAAGACGAUCACAUUAUGGGAUUCUGUCGCAGAAGAGGAUCAUCACCGAAUUUCGUUAUACAAGAUCAUCGUAGAAUUCUAUUGCAGAAGAGGACCAUCGUGAAAGAUCAUCACAGAACUUUAUCACAAAAAGGAUCAUCGCGGAAUUUCAUCACAGAAGAUCAUCGUGGGACCUUGUUGCAGAAGAGGAUUACAUCAUGGGAUUUUAUCACAAGAGGAUCACGAGAUUUCAUCAUACAAGACCAUAGAAUUCUAUUGCAGAAGAGGACCAUCGUGAAAGAUCAUCACAGAACUUUAUCACAAAAAGGAUCAUCGCUGAAUUUCAUCACAGAAGAUCAUCGUGGGACCUUGUUGCAGAAGAGGAUUACAUCACGAGAUUCUGUCGCAGAAGAGGAUCAUCACGGGAUUUCAUCGCAGAUCGUCGUGGGAUCUUGAAGCAGAAGACGAUCACAUCACGGAAUUCUGUCGCGGAAGAGGAUCAUCACCGAAUUUCGUUAUACAAGAUCAUCGUAGAAUUCUAUUGCAGAAGAGGACCAUCGUGAAAGAUCAUCAUAGAACUUUAUCAUAAAAAGAAUCAUUGCGGAAUUUCAUCACAGAA